ACCUCAGUUAUAAAGUGAAAAAGUCGCAGUUAAAAUAUAAAUUAUAAAUUUCAGAAGACUGUUGAAAUAACUUGACAGAUCAACUUUUUGACAGAUCAACUUUUUUUAUAGAUAAAAAUAUUUACUAACUAAAUGUAUUCCUGCAUAUUAAAAAAAACGUUACAGCGGAGAUUACGCAGGAGAGAGUUAACAUUUCUUUUGUAAUUAUUGUUAUGUGGUUUAUUAUCUCAAUGUAUCCAUCCGCAAUUAAAAAUCAUUGGAAUUGAUGACAAAAAGAAGAUUGCUUUAGCAAUUCAUUCACGGAUUUCAAGAACCGAUGAUUUAUCCACGGAUUGGCUACUGCUUUAGUCUUAUAUCUUAUAUUCCCGUAUGGAAAAGUUUCAUUGUAGAGCACUAGUAAUUUGUUUAAAAAGGUAUUUUAAAAGAUCACGUUUUACAGUUAACACGACAUGUUAUUGAGUAAUCAAAGUUUUGAUCAAAAGGAUUUGUUUAAUAACUCUUUAAACAAUGCUAAUUUUACCGGGAACGAAAUUGUAUACACUAAAGAAACUUUAUUAUUAUUUCAUACAAUGUAUGUUCUAGUGAUGUGCUUUGGGAUAUUUGGCAACAUACUAACUUGUUCUGUUAUUUUGUUAAACAAAUCUAUGAGAAAGUCAAUUCAUUUUUAUACUUUCAACUUAGCAGUAUGCGACUUAAUGAUACUGUUUGUUUAUGUUCCAACACAAAUGAUUUAUAUUCAAAACCAAUUACACUGGACACUGGGUUUUGCUAUGUGCAAAUUAACUUACUUGGUACUUCCAGUGUCUUUGUUUAGCACAAUUGGUACUCUCUUGGCAAUAACUAUUGACAGAACACGAGGUUUAAUUCAACCGUUUAAAUGGCGCGCUGACUCGACACGUUAUUCUAAAUUUACUAUUUGUGGUGUUUGGCUUAUAUCUUUGCUUGUAAACACUCCUUUAUUUAUAACGUCAACAAUCCGAACAAACGCAGAUAAACUUAUUUGUGCAGAAAAAUGGCCGAAUUUAUCGUCUGAAUUAAUUUACUGGAAUAUCAUGUUUGUUUUAUCUUUUGUUAUACCUUUGUUAAUUAUAAUUGUGGCACAUAUUGUAAUGAUUUACGUCAUGAUGAAGGAAACCAACUCUGCUCACAGAGAACAAAAUAAACGCGUAAUAAGAAUGCUGGUAGCAUUAGUAAUGAUUUUUUCAAUUUGCACAGGUUACCAACACAUUUACUUUUAUUUGUCAAAUUUCUACAACAAAUUUUCUUUAAAUACAUGGAACUUAAUGUUUGCUUCGUCAAACUUUGUAGUGUCAUUACAAGCUGCGCUAAAUCCUGUAAUCUACGGUACCUUACGUCAUGACUUUAACAAAGCUUUUCUUUACAUAAUUUUAAAAGUGUUAGUUUUUUUCAAACUCCAUAAGGAACUACCGCGAGAUUUUUUUUCUACUAAUUCAACAAAUUCAGGAACAAACCUAAAAGAUACGUUUCGGCGAUCUACGUUUAUCAGAUUAGUUAAACGACAGGUUAAACGUCAAGAAUCUAUGUGUGAUUUUCAACUAACUGAAGAAUACUUGGACUCAUCAUGCAAUAAAAAAACAAGCAAACUUGUAAACAACAAUCCAACUGAUAAUAUUUCAGAACAUUUCAGAAUGAAUGCAACAUAUUUUCAAAACAACCAAAACUACACGCCUCUUUCAAAAAUGAAUAGUGUGAGUACUUUGUGCGUAGAUAUCGAUAACACAAAUAAUUACCCAUUGAACGGGUUUGAUUCAACUUCUAUAAAAAUUGACAACAAUAAACCAAUAGAUUGCUAUCGAUCCAAGAAUCAAGAAUUAUUGCUGACACCAGAAAUAGUUUUACUACGUUCAUCUAAAGUGAAACAUAGCAAUGAGCUUAACACUUACACUUUAGAAGAAAUGCUUCCAAAUUUAAUCAGCCGGUAUCUUGAAGAGAGCAAAGAAUCAAUAGUUUAAUAAUGCAUGUAUACUGGGUUAAAUUAUAUAUUAUAUAUUCAUAAAGCAUAGGAGCAACAUAAGCAAGUUUAAGCUCUAAUACAAAUGUAAAUAAAAAUAGAUUAAAUUAUAUAAUAAAAAUUAUAAGCAUG